CAGGCUCUCAUCUGUCAUAAUUCUUCUUUGGCCCUUAUUUCACUCGUCUACCCCUAUAUUCCUCUCUCCUAUCUCCUAACUAUCAAUCGUAUCAAUCACCAUGCCCAAAUUAACCCAGCCCAAAGUUACUCCGCUGCCGACGGGAAUCGACCUCCAAGGCAAAACGGCCGUAGUCACCGGUGCUAGUUCUGGCAUGGGACUAGAAGUCACUCGACAGCUGUUACGACUGAAUAUCUCAACCGUCAUCCUCGCUGUCCGGAAUGUAGCCAAGGGCCAGGAUAUUGUCAAACAGUUACAUGGUGAGUCUCGCACCAAAACCCAUAACCCCAACACCACCGCCAAAGUCAUGGAACUCGACGUCGACAAAUACGACAGUGUCCAGCGGUUCGCCAAGCAACUCCGUGAGGAGGUCCCCAUUAUCGACAUUCUCAUUCUCAACGCGGGCAUCGGCUUGCUGAAGCCCGAACGCAGCCCAAGUGGCCAUGAUCGCACAAUCCAGGUCAAUUACUACUCCAACGCUCUCCUGAUUGCCGAGUUGUUACCGUACCUCGAAGCCGGUGCCCAAAAAACCGGCUCCCCUGCCCGCAUCACCUGGGUCGGCAGUCGGGCUUUUGAGGGUACGAGCCUCCAGAAUACGCCUCUUCAACCGGACGAAUCUGUUAUCGAACAUAUGGACAAGGAGGAGUUCUUCAGCCCGUUCCAGAGAUAUGGUGACUCCAAGCUCCUUUGCCUUCUCUUCCUGUACAGUCUGGCGCCCCGGGUGGAUCCCAAGAAGGUUAUUAUCAACAUGCUCUGCCCCGGAAUGAUUAACACGAACAUGAGCGAUGUUCUCCCGAUCUAUUUGCGCGCAGUGGUGAAUGUCAUCAAGGCAAUUCGUGCGAGAUCUGCGGAAGUGGGCGGCUGGAUCAUUCUCAAUGCUGCCCUGGUUGCAGGGCCCGAAUCUCAUGGAAAGUUUUUGACAGAUAAAAGUAUCGCUGAUGACAACCCGUACGUAUCGUCGCCGGCUGGUCAGGAGGUACAGAAGAAGCUCUGGGAGGAGACUGUCACCGAGAUAAGUCAGUUAAUCACACUCCCACUAGAGUUCAAAUAGAGCUAGUAGCAGGAAUAAGCGAGCUGUUCACCCAUUAUCUUUAA